AGGCUUAAGUGAAAUGUCACUCUCAAUGCAGAGUGGGUGUGGGAAGUGAUAGAUUCUUCUGGUUUCCUGUCAUGCAAGACGACGACCUGGUAUGGCCAACGGUCAAGGCACAGCUGUACCUCUCAGAGGCCUCCCAUGUCAAGAAGUUGGUGGGUGCAGACAAAAUCCGGCGAAACAAGGAUGCUCUUAGGGAGCUCCGAUGUUUCCAAGAAAUUCUAGCAGAUCUACACGCUGGACACUUCGGCUGCGCCCCAGAACGCCGCAGCGCAGCAGAGGCAGCUGCCCAGAAGUGGGAGAUACUCACAACAGAGGCACAGUCGAGAAGCUUGAUGCCGGAGGCACUAUUCGAAGCAUCGGCUCGUGUCCUCUCGUACGUGCAAUGCUUUGGGAGAAGUACAUCCCCAGGCUCCUCCAAGGUUGUGAUAUCAGAAGAGAAUGCCACUACCUGUGGGUCGUCUACAAGAGCUCCCAGCACUGUCCUUCCGCAAGAAGAGACGCAGAGCCUGGCGACUACAGAGGCGAUCUCCGAGUUGACUGGCUUCCUGGAUGACGCGCGUCCAUUUGAUGCGUUUGGGCACACAGCCCUUGGCAAGACACGGCAGAGCAAUGAACAGCUCUGCAAGCUGGCAGCGGAGCUGAGAGAGCAGAUGGAUCAGGAGUACACUGCAUUGAUGGCCUCCAUCGAUGAGAUCCAAAGGCUCAUGGAAGCAGAGGUGGCGGGUGAUGCCCAGUUGCCGUCAAUAGCAGAAUUGCAGACCUUCACCGCAAGCAUCGAUGAAGCCACCCGAAAGUUGCACGCGACGCAGGCCAAUGCGCCGGCAGAGGUUUGCAAAGGCAGUGCGAGUAGUGCCAGCAGUGAGAGUGGGCUCUUGGAAAAGCGGCGUGACUCGCUGGACGCCAAGCUGGAGGCAAUCUUGGAGAUCGGAGAAGUGUACCAUAGCGAAAGCAUCCUACCGAGUGAGCCGACAAAGAUGUGCAACGUUCAGCUGGAAGACAAGGAUGAUCGGAUGCUCGUUCCCGCUGCCAUCAGAUUUGAGCGCCCACGCUGGGCGGAUUUAUGCUCAGAUUCGGACGAGGCUGAUGCUCCGAUGCCUAGCUUGACCAGUGCAAAGGCAAAUUCCACGCCAUCCUUGGCUCAAUGCAUCAGGCAGGUUGGGCUGGAUUCUGUUCGCAGAGCAUCCCCGACUUCCGAAGCAGCUGCCGCCGUGCAAAUCAUCCAAUGUUGGGGAAAGGCCCUGCCAUGCUUUUGAGGCCUUCUCUGUAACAACAAAUGUCAGAAGUGUGGCGGUCGUGUGGCGGUAGCGUGGCGUUAGUAAGGCAGUGCGGUGGAAGUGCGGCGGUAGUGCGGCGAAAGUGUGGCGGAAGUGUGGCGGUAGUGCGGCGGAAGUUUGGCGGUAGUGCGGCGGAAGUUUGGCGGUAGUGUGGCGGCAGUGUGGCGGCUGCGCGGCGGAAGUGCGGCGGUAGUGUGGCGCUAGUGUGGCGAAAAUGUGGUGGAAGCGUGGCAAAAGUGUGGCGGUAGAAGUGGCGGCAGUGUGGCAACUGUGUGGCGGCGGUAGUGUGGCGGAAAUGUGGCGGCCGUGUGGCGAAAGUGUGGCGGAAGUGUGUGUGUGUGUGUGGCAGUAGUGC